UUUUCCAAAGGGUUUAGGCGUAGUUCCUCUUCUUCUUCUUCUUCUUCUUCUUCUUCUUCAACCCUGCUUAAAGCAGAAAACCCUAGAAUUUAACUCCAUUUUCAACUGAUUUUUCCCACCAUGAAGAUCCUCCGUGCAAUCUCAGGAAAUCAUCGUGCUGUAAUUCGAGCUAUAGGGCGCCGGAAUUUCUGUGCGGCGCCGUCGGAGGAAUAUUUGAAGCGGAACUACGCGAACAAUGAGGCUGAAUACAACACCGUGAUUGGCUCUAUCACUUCUCAGCGACGGCAUUAUUUGUUGAGGGAUGUAUAUGAUGAUAUGAUGCUUGAUGGGGUGAAGCCAGAGAGGGAUACUUUUCACUCACUUAUUAUCGGGACAAUGAAAGGGUCUCGAAUGCAAGAUGCGUUCUUCUUUCGGGACGAAAUGAAAUCGAUGGGUUUGAUUCCUGAUGUUGCUUUAUACAACUACUUGAUAUCUACCUGUGGGAAGUGCAAGAAUUCUGAUCAGGCGAUCUGGCUUCUAGAUGAAAUGAAGAGAUCUGAGGUGAAACCUACUGGACAAACCUACAUAUGUCUACUUCAUGCAUGUGCAGCAUCUGGCAGAUUAGAUCGAGUAUAUGCAAUAGUUAGAGAUAUGACUUCUGCUGGUCUUGGUUUGAACAAAUUUUGCUAUGCGGGACUUAUAAUUGCACACAAGAAUAGCUCAGCGCCCGCUGACGAUACAACUUCCAAAAUUGUCGAGCUUGUUGAUCAGUCUAAAGGAUGGUCCUCGGUUGAUAAAACAAAUGACACCGCUGAAAAUGUUAUGAUGGGUAUUUCUGAAGAAGAAUUGUACAAUCUCCCUACAGCUGAAUAUAUUCAUCGCCGUGGUGGAUUCAUAGCAAGAUCGUUGACCGUCUUUCAUGUUGCUUUUCAUGCUUGUGCUGACCUUAGGAGUGUCCAGGCUACCGAAAGGCUUCUUGAGAUGCUUGAGAAGGAAGGACGAACCCCUGAUGUUUUCAUUUUGGUGCAAGUUAUGAGGUGCUAUCUUCAUGCUGGGGACAUAGACCGUGGUCUGAAAAUAUUUGAAGACUACAUGAGUUCAAACAAACCCCCUAUGGUAGAAUUAUAUGUGACACUUGCAGAAGGAGCAAUGGUUGGAUAUACACCAAAGGGCAUGCAACUUGCUCAAGAGACUCUGGUUAAAAUGAAUGGUCGGGGAUUGUUUUUGAGUUUUAAAAUGGCAAAUGAUCUCCUCCUUGCUGCCUCGGGUGAAAAGACUGGCGGGUAUACAGUUGCCAACUUAAUAUGGGAUAUGAUGCAAGCUCGAAAAUUGAUCCCAUCACUCCCUGCUGUUGAUGCAUAUCAUGCCGGUUUGAAAGAAAGAGAGAUACCCGAGAAUGAUCCUCGAUUGAUGUUAGUUUCCAGUACGCUGAACAAUCUUCGACUUAGAGUUGGAACUGGAGGUGGAAGACCGAAUUAAAUCAGUUGGAAAAAAUAAUUGUUUAGACUAGCAAUUUACGCAGAUUUGAGGCAUUCUUUUUUCCUGCUAUAUUUAUCUACCUUCUUUUAUUUACAAUGUUUUUGUGGCAGAAUAAAUCUGUGGAGCAAGUGCUUCGUUGCUAUUUACUGAAUGCUGGAAUUUUGUAGAUGUUAUACACUGAGUAGCGACAACCCGUUCGUUAUUUACAUUUUA